AGGGGUGGUACUCCCCUAGAUAAUCCCCGACGUUAACCACGCUUUCCCCUCCCCUCUCCGAGCCCAGAACCAAGCAAAAUCGAACCGGAGCGGACCAAAUUCCGGCUCCGCAUGGGUUCCCCCAGGCACUGAUCCGGCGGGUGGACGCUAAUGCAGCGCCGCUGAAGGGAUCUGCAGCGCCAGCGGGGUUCGCAUGGCGGCACAGAACGGCGGCGGCGGCGGCGCGGCGGUGGUCCUCAACGUGUACGACCUGACGCCCAUAAACGACUACCUCUACUGGUUCGGCCUCGGCAUCUUCCACUCCGGGAUCGAAGUUCAUGGUUUGGAAUAUGCUUUUGGAGCCCAUGAUCUCUCAACCAGUGGGGUUUUUGAGGUUGAACCAAAACGUUGCCCUGGCUAUGUCUAUAGAAGGUCUGUAUGGAUGGGUACAACUGAGAUGUCUAGGGCAGAGUUCCGCUCGUUCAUUCAAACUCUUGCAGGAAAGUACAAUGGGAAUACAUAUCAUCUGAUUUCAAAGAACUGCAACCAUUUUACGGAUGAUGUCUGUAAGAACAUAACCAAAAAACCAGCCCCUGGAUGGGUAAAUCGGCUAGCAAGAGUGGGUUACUUUUUCAAUCGCCUCCUACCAAAAAGCAUUCAAGUCUCUACUGUUACUCACGGAGCAACCCAUCCUGCAUUCUCUGAUGAUGAUGUGGAUUCAUCAGGUUCAUCCCUUAAUGGGGACAGUGAUAUGGAUGACCUGGACCAGCACCUGCUACCAGCCGCAGGCACUGACCUUCAAUCUAUAGUCGUGUCACCAAAGCUAUCGAAAGAUCUUGUUUGAAUUAUCCUUCCAUUUGGGUUCCCUGCUGCAGUUUAACGGGUCGUACUUCGCCAGCUUGUGUGAUAUCCAAGUAUAGUUGAAUGUUGAUUGUAUUUAUUCUUUUCCAACGAGUUUUGCUGUGUACGCAUAUAGGAAUUGUCUGUCUGGUAAAGAAGUGAUUUUGCAACUCUUUGUCUUUUGCUCAGUUGUUGCAUAGUUCUUCAGGCAUCAGUAUCUUGUGUUCUCGUAUGCUGCCAGGCGCAGGCAAAUGCUGUCAUCCUUCGCUGCAACGGUCUGAUGUUUGUGAUGAAUAUCUGAAUUGGCAGCAUGCCGUGGUCAUAUUAGCACAAGCUUGAAACCCUGGUCUAGCGCACUGCUUGUACGGCCACAGAAUAUGCUGUGACAAAUGAGUACCAUGUAAACUUAAAUCAGUAUACUGUAAUAUAUUUUUUGUUUUU